GCAGCCUGUGGAGCUUCACUCUUCUCAGCUCCGCGCGUGAGAGUGGACAUGAGAAUGGGAGUGCUCGGCAGUAGGUCCACCCUGCUCCUGCUCGCGCUGGCCCUGCAGGCUGGCGUGUGUCUGGCCAGCUCGGACGCACCGCGUGGGGUCUCCCUACCGUUCGUCUUUGACCCCAAAGCUACAUGUGACCCACCCUGUAAACACGCUGGUAUCUGCAUACGCAACAACACCUGCUACUGCUCACAUGGAUAUGAGGGAGAGACCUGCCAGUAUGCAAAUUGCAACCCAAAAUGUAAAAAUGGGGGUGAAUGUCUUCGACCUGGAAAAUGCAGAUGUCCUUCAGGGUUUGGAGGAAGAUAUUGUCACCGAGUGGUGUGCGAUGGUGGGUGCUGGAAUGGUGGUGAGUGCACUGCAGUGAAUGGAGAGGCAAAGUGCAUCUGUCCCUCCAGCUGGACUGGCACCAAAUGCCAAGAAGCAACCUGUCCACAGGGCUGCAGGAAUGGGGGCAGCUGCGUGGCUCCAGGAAUCUGCACUUGCCCGGAAGGAUGGGUAGGGGGUGCCUGUCACACAGCUGUGUGUAAGAAGCCCUGUGUGAAUGGAGGAAAGUGUGUGUCUCCAGACUCCUGCCGCUGCCGUGCUCCUUUCUCAGGGCCCCAGUGUGAGGAGAGGAGAAAGCUCUUCUAGCCAAAGCUCGCGCCACGGCCGCCCUGUGCACAACUGGGGCCUUUUCAGAAUGGUGCUAUUCCUUAGUGUUUGUUCAUUUGAUGUUUUACUUUAUACAUGUUUAGAUAUUCAACAUGCAUUUAUUAUAUGCAAUGACACAAAAUAUGCUGUGUAAUGGAUUAUUUACGUGGUAAAUACAAAAGACAAAGAAUGAAGGUUCACUGGUGAAUAUACUGUACAAACACGUUAAAUAUAUAAAAUUCCAUUCAAAUGCAAAAUCAGCUACAAGUUUUAUUACAAGCCUGUUACUCACCAUUCUGUACUUUAUUUCAAUUAGCAAGUAUCAGUUGAAUUCCAAAUAUGAGUUACAUACACUGAUGCAGGAGUUUAUACUUGUACCCAGUGUCACCAGUAUAUUUUGAAAUAAAAAUAAAACAUUUACUAAAUAAUAA